AUACAAACCCGCUGGAUUGAGAGCGAGGAUCAGUUUUCUCACGCUUGCGAAUUUCAAGAUACUGUUAAGAUUCGAAUCUCUCUACAGCGGUUUCUUUUGUGGCGAUCUCGAUCCCUCGCAGCCCCGACGUAAGAGUUGUGCCACUCGACUGUCGCAACAAUGACGAGGAGCUCAAUGCAGCUGCGACUCCUGGCCGCGUUGAUGAUGCUCGUGGGCCUCAGCGUCGUGGUGACGCAAACGCAGGCCCAGUGUCCCACCUCGGGCUUAGCUGCCUGCGAACCGGCGGCGAGAAGCGAUGUCCAGCCCACGGACACUUGUUGCACGGAGCUGCAAGCGUACUUAGACACCAACACUCCGGAGGCAUGUCUGUGCGAGGCCGCUGCUGCGCUGAUCGGCGAGGAUGUCCAGUACGCCAUCCUCAUCCCGGAGAAGUGCAACCUCGUGUACAAGGCUGACAUCACCUGCAACGGCAUUGGGAUCCCUGGCGGCUACUAAACUGCGUCAAUCCAAGGACCAGAUUUUAAUGAGGGGCUAGCCUAGUUGCCCGACCACAUCGCUAACACAAGCCUUCCAGCAACUGAAGCCGAUACUGAUUGCUGAGAUGAGAGUGUUGAGAAAGGCUGGCAUCACCUGCAACGGCAUUGGGAUCCCUGGCGGCUACUAAACUGCGUCAAUCCAAGGACCAGAUUUUAAUGAGGGGCUAGCCUAGUUGCCCGACCACAUCGCUAACACAAGCCUUCCAGCAACUGAAGCCGAUACUGAUUGCUGAGAUGAGAGUGUUGAGAAAGGCUGGCAUCACCUGCAACGGCAUUGGGAUCCCUGGCGGCUACUAAACUGCGUCAAUCCAAGGACCAGAUCUUAAUGAGGGGCUAGCCUAGUUGCCCGACCACAUCGCUAACACAAGCCUUCCAGCAACUGAAGCCGAUACUGAUUGCUGAGAUGAGAGUGUUGAGAAAUAUAUGCAUACGUAUGUUUAUAUGUAGAUAAAGUCUUUUCAUAUUCAUAUAUAUAUAUAUAUAUAUAUAUAUAUGAUUCUGAAUAUGCGUAGAGGAAUGGGAUUCUCGGAAAAGCUGCCAUCAUCGGACCAUCGUCCGAGGUUUUGUUGAGCUUGCCCGAUCUAAAUUAAGUUCCCGCGUGGGCCCUGAUCGCCGAAAUCAGUCAUGUGCCAGAUUCGUGUUGUUUGUUAAUUGAAUUCAGAUGAGAGUUUGGAUGUCUUGGUUUGUACUUAA